GAGGAGGGUGCCGGCCGCUGCGGGAGCGGGGGAGGGGGCGCCGGGAGCGCCGUCACCGCUCGCCAGCCGGAGCCGCUCAGGUUCUAGCUACUGACAUCCCUUGCCAUAACUUUUAGAUGAUAUUUGGAAAGGAACUGGCCAAAGGCGAAAAAAUGAUAAAGUUUUUCCUUAUGGUGAACAAGCAAGGGCAGACCCGACUGUCUAAGUACUAUGAGCAUGUAGACAUUAAUAAACGUGCGCUUCUGGAAACCGAGGUCAGCAAGAGCUGUCUGUCUCGAUCCAGUGAACAAUGCUCGUUCAUUGAAUACAAGGAUUUUAAACUGAUCUAUCGGCAAUACGCAGCUCUCUUUGUUGUGGUUGGAGUUAAUGACACUGAGAAUGAGAUGGCUAUCUAUGAAUUCAUACACAAUUUUGUGGAAGUUUUAGAUGAAUACUUCAGCAGAGUGAGUGAACUAGAUAUAAUGUUUAAUUUGGAUAAAGUCCAUAUCAUUUUGGAUGAGAUGGUGUUAAAUGGCUGCAUUGUGGAAACGAACAGAGCGAGGAUCCUCGCCCCUCUGCUGAUUCUGGACAAGAUGUCGGAAAGCUGAUGAAGACUGAGGAGGCAUGAGCGAUGUGACAGCCAAGGAAGGAAGACAAACAACAGCCUUCUGAAAACCGUCAUUCGCUGUCACCCUUAGUUCCUAAAGAGGAAGCAAACAAUUCAUGUGUACAAACAACAUUUUUCUCUUAACAGAGCCACAGUUUUACUUGGUAACUGUAAGCUUGCUUUUCCUUCUGCAGGAACAGCAGGGUUGCAGUGUGAAGAACGCGUGGCAGUUGUCCAUCAUCUAAUAAACUUCAAAUUGACCUGACCAUGUGA